AUGGAAAGUGCCGAUGUUCAAUCUUCUCUAAGCACUGGUGAUAUGAAGAGUAAGGAACUGAACACUUCAGCAGAGCCAGAGAAAAAAAGAAAGUUCACUUUAACUGGUAAUAGGCGUCCAUCGAUUGCCCCUUCAGAUGAAAUUUCAAAUAACAAGCCUCGCACGUACUCAGAGAGUUCCAAUGCAUCCUCAGCCACGUCAGGCUCUGACCAGGAAUUCAGCAAUGGUGGAUUCCGGAGAAAGCUUUCAAAUUUCAUGGGAAAGCGACCAUCAGUAUAUCAAGCUCAUACGGAGGAAGCCAACAUUCAGGAAAUUAUCACAUCGGGUUUGACCACACCAGCAGAGAUUCUUGUUAACGACAUCGAUUCUGGAUAUUUCAACGCUCCUGUCAAUUCCCAAGCUUUGAUGAAGACGCUAGAAGAGCAACAACAACUUGAUGAGUCAACGAAAGAAUCUCACAAGGUCAAGAUGAAAAAGAUUCCAACAUUAAUCAAGAGUCCGUACUGGCGUAUAAGCGAUGCUACGAUCACUGAGGUAUCAAGAUCUGCUGUUCUAUUGGAGACCACUACAGUAUACAUGUUAUACUACGAGAGGGUUGAUAGAAAACAAAUCCGGCAACGCUCAUGA